AUGAAAAGCAUACUGGCAGCUGCUCUCAUAUGGAGCAUUUUCAUUGUUGCUGCUUCCAUCAAUCUUGAUGACAACUCAACCUCUCUCGCUUUCUCUGAAUACUCGCUUCUCGGUGCCAACUUACCAGAAGGAACAUGCAACAGCGAUACGCCAUGUGUGAAUUCUGCUUGCUGUGGUACUUCUGGUAUCUGUGGCUAUAGCCCUUCUGAAUGUGGAAAGGGAAACUGCACCUCGAAUUGUGAUGCAAAGGCACAAUGCGGACCAUACGCCAAGGAAGGCUCUAAGACAUGCCCUUUGAACGUCUGCUGUUCGAAAUUUGGCUGGUGCGGCUCGACGGAUGAAUUCUGCGACGAUGGCUGCCAAAAAGGCUACGGAAGUUGUGGGGAUGUGAAAAGACCAGGCUGUGCCCCAAAUAACGGAUAUUUCAAACGCCAGAUUGGAUAUUACGAGUCCUGGGCCAAUUUUCGAGGUUGCCAGAAAGUCAGUCCGAGUGAUCUAGACUUAGAUGGAUACACACACAUCAACUUUGCCUUUGCACUUUUCGACGAAGUGGAGGUAGACGGUGAAUUCGGCACAAAGAAAAAUUCCUUCAAGAUUGCUCCUAUGGGUAGUCAUAGCGAGGAUUUGUACUCGGAAUUUACUGCCUUGAAGAACGGGCGCAAUGGUCUGAAGACCUGGAUAUCCAUUGGAGGCUGGGCAUUCUCAGACCCAGGCCCUACUCGCCAUGCUUGGACGAAAAUGACCUUAGAGCCUGCCGACCGCGACAAUUUCAUUGAAAGCCUGUUUGACUUUAUGGUGAAUUAUGGAUUUGAUGGGGUUGAUUUAGAUUGGGAAUACCCGCAGGCCUCUGACCGAGAUGGUUAUGAAGGGGAUACUGCAAACUACGUGGCGCUUGUCAAUCAAAUGAGAGCCGCAUUUGGUCAAAGAUUUGGAAUUUCUGUGACAUUGCCGGCAUCUUACUGGUAUCUACAGCACUUUGACGUUGCUGCCAUGGAGCGUUCCGUUGACUGGUUUAACCUCAUGUCCUACGAUAUGCACGGAGUCUGGGACAAGUAUUCUCGCAAUAUCGGGCCAUACAUUGCCCCGCAUACAAAUGUUACUGAGAUAGACCUUGGACUGGAUCUACUAUGGCGUGCUGGGAUUGAUCCUGACAAAGUGGUAAUGGGACUGGGGUUUUACGGCAGAAGCUUCAAAUUGGCAGAUCCUUCCUGCAAUAUUCCAAACGGGGUCUGUCAAUUCGUCUAUGAAGAUGGUGUUGGAGCUGACCCGGGUGGCUGCUCUGAUGCGUCAGGAAUCCUCAAUCUGGCUGAGAUCAACGAGAUAAUCCAAUCCAACAACCUAGAGAGUGAGAUCGUCCUCGCCAAAAAGGCAGCCGUCAAAUGGAUGACAUGGAACACCGAUCAGUGGGUGUCUUUCGAUGAUGCAGAAACACUUGAUAUCAAAAAACGUUUUGCAAUGAGCCGAUGCCUGGGCGGGACAAUGGUAGGACAUGAACUCAAAUAA